CCGAGGAGAGAGGAGGUGGUUGAAGAGGGGCCUGGUUCGACGGGGCGCGCGGCGGGAGCGCCCUGUCGUGUCCCGCUGGGGCUGGGCCUAACUAAGAAGAAUCUUUACAUUGGAUUUAAAAAAAAGUUGACUGACAAUCAUCAAUUUAUUUCUAAAAAUUGCUUGAAGACUUGUCAAAUGACGUCAAUGGCCAGCCUGUUCUCUUUUACUAGCCCAGCUGUAAAGCGUCUGUUGGGCUGGAAGCAAGGAGAUGAAGAAGAAAAAUGGGCAGAAAAAGCUGUUGAUGCUUUGGUUAAAAAACUGAAAAAGAAAAAAGGAGCAAUGGAAGAGCUAGAGAAAGCACUGAGCAGUCCUGGACAGCCCAGUAAAUGUGUUACUAUUCCUCGCUCAUUAGAUGGACGACUUCAAGUUUCUCACCGCAAAGGUCUCCCUCAUGUUAUUUAUUGCCGUGUGUGGCGUUGGCCUGAUCUGCAGAGUCAUCAUGAGCUGAAGCCAUUGGACGUUUGUGAAUUUCCUUUUGGAUCCAAGCAGAAGGAAGUCUGUAUCAAUCCUUAUCAUUACAAAAGGGUGGAGAGCCCAGUUCUACCUCCAGUCUUAGUGCCAAGACAUAGUGAAUUCAACCCACAACAUAGCCUUCUGGUUCAGUUCAGAAAUCUAAGCCACAAUGAGCCGCACAUGCCACAGAAUGCCACAUUUCCAGAUUCGUUCCAGCAGCCCAACAGCACUCCAUUUCCCAUUUCUCCAAACAGUCCUUAUCCACCUUCUCCUGCCAGUAGUACUUAUCCAAAUUCUCCAGCUAGUUCUGGGCCAUCUAGCCCAUUUCAGCUACCAGCAGACACACCACCACCUGCAUAUAUGCCUCCUGAAGAUCAAAUAGGUCAAGAUAAUUCACAGUCUAUGGACACAAGCAGUAAUAUGAUUCCUCAGAUAAUGCCAAAUAUUUCCAGCAGAGAUGUUCACCCUGUUGCCUAUGAAGAACCCAAGCACUGGUGUUCAAUUGUGUAUUACGAAUUAAACAAUCGAGUUGGGGAAGCUUUUCAUGCUUCUUCUACUAGUAUCUUAGUAGAUGGAUUUACAGAUCCUUCCAACAACAAGAAUAGAUUCUGCUUAGGUUUACUCUCUAAUGUUAAUCGUAACUCAACAAUUGAGAAUACCCGGAGACAUAUUGGAAAAGGUGUCCAUCUCUACUAUGUUGGUGGGGAAGUCUAUGCUGAGUGCCUGAGUGACAGCAGUAUAUUUGUACAGAGCAGAAAUUGCAACUACCACCAUGCAUUUCACCCUACAACUGUGUGCAAGAUUCCCAGCGGGUGUAGCCUAAAAAUUUUUAACAAUCAGGAAUUUGCUCAACUUUUAGCUCAGUCGGUGAAUCAUGGGUUUGAGGCUGUGUAUGAACUUACCAAAAUGUGCACAAUUCGGAUGAGUUUUGUAAAAGGAUGGGGAGCAGAAUAUCACCGGCAAGAUGUUACAAGCACUCCAUGCUGGAUAGAAAUUCAUCUUCAUGGGCCUUUGCAGUGGCUGGAUAAAGUACUUACACAAAUGGGCUCGCCUCUAAAUCCAAUAUCUUCUGUUUCAUAGUACCCAAGCACCCAUAGUACUCUUCAACAAUAACCUUGGUGACCAUUUUCUUAUUCUACAGAAACUUCCAUAAUGGAUAGUGUGAAAAUGGGUGCCAUAUGUUAGCUUCUCCCACCUGUGGCCAAUUCUGUACUGAUGAUCAUUUUUGAUACUAAGGAAACAUUUGGGUUUGCAGUACAAUAACUUUUUAAAAAACAAUGUGGUGCAUAUUUAACAAAAUCUUUGCCUUCACUGGAGACGUCCUGUAAGAACAAGUUUAGGGAACUGGCGUUAGGGAGUAAACACUACAUAUAUCUUGGAGGGGUGGGCGGGAUGGUAUAUGUGCAGCUGCAACUAACAAGUCAGUUUUUAAUGUAGCAUGACUUUGUGGGUCAUAGAAGUUCUAAACAAAGCCAGCUUUGUUACACCUUAGACUGCCUUUUGUUUGAAUAAUAUUGUGACUAUGCUAUAUACAUGUUGAGAAAAUGCUUGUUACAGGUUGUCAUGUUAAAAUAUUUGCAUUACUGGAAGUCUGUCAAACAGUAGCAGCUUUACCGGUUCAAUUUAACAUUUACCUUUGGCCAUUAUUUUAAAGGGCUGUUGAGCUGCAUAACUUUUUGUAGACUAAGCAUUAUUUUCUCUUGAUUUACCAUUCAUGCUAUGUGUGGUAGAUUUCAAGGUGUAGCUUGUAAAGCAAUCCAUAUGUAAAACAACAUCUUCUGUAUAUAACAUUGCAGAGAGAUGGAUGCAUUAUUUUUUCUAUCCGUUGUAUUUUGCCUCUCCAUGGGUGGUUAUCUUGGAGGCUUUCUAACUUCACUGCUAUUAUUUUGCAGUAUUAGUUGUAAUCUCUUUUUAUAUUUCAGUAACAGAAAUAUUAAGAAUUUCAUAUCAGUUCAGUGAAGUUUGGGUGGAUUAAUAAAGGGUACAAAGUGAUUGCCUUCUUAAUUACCAGGGCAGACUAGUCACUGGAUAAUAGUAACAAAAAAUGAGCUAUCUGAUUACCACCUAUAUGAUUACAGUCUUGGUAUGCAGUUAAGUGAGUCUGGGCCCAUUGAUAGGAUUAACAGAAGAAAAUGGUGAAUUGUUCCCAUAUUUAGAUGACGAUACCCUCGGGGCCAAUUGAGAAAUAUUUCUGAGCUCUUUGCAUGAAAGAUGUAUGUAUGUCUGGGUUUCAGGCAUGUGCCAGUGCAAUUAAUCAGAUGAAAAUGCAGUUACUCUAAAUGUGUUGUGCAUGUCUGUCAGCUGCUCUAGGCAAACAAUAGCUUUACCAACAUUUAGCCUUAAAUCGCCUAAUCUCCCUCAUACAUCAGGGUGGUUACCCUUCUUUUCCUCCAGAAGACUUGAGCACUACUGCCAUCUUGUUACAAUUGCUUUAAAAGUGAUUUUAACAGUAAAUUAGCUAAAGCUACUUUUGGUAAGGAAAAAGCAUACCAAGGAUAGCUCUUAGUGAUAUUUUUCUAGUGUUGGCAGUUAUAAAUGACAACUUUCCUUUUUUAUAGUCCUCUGUGGAUUCCAUACAUAUCCAGAAAAUUGCAAUAUUAAAUCUGAGUGAAGCCUCCAGAACUCUAAGAACAUUUUAUUUAAUCGGAAAUGGGGUGGAGGUUACAGCAAAUUUAUAAUCCUCAUGGCUGUGAAGCCAUGGCUUGUAAAAUAGGUUCAGCAAGAUUUCUAGUGGUCAGGAUUGAAGUUUUGGCACCCUCCUUCUUGCUGACUAGCAAAAAUAAUUAUGCAAAAAAGCAACUAUUGUUUGUUUGAUACAGAACCAACAUAGCAUAAUAUGAUAUAUAGUUAAAUUAUGGCUGAAGCUGAUGGUGAGAGUAUUUGUAAAAAUCGUUCAUAUAAUUUCAUAGCAAAAGCAGGGAGAAUGGGUUUAAGAAGGACAGAAGGUAGAUUAUGGUACACUGGAGUAUUAGUGCAAUGAACCUUGCAGAGGGUAUUGAAGGAUAUUGGCCUUGCUCUGAUGCAGCAAGAUAUUUUGUUGUAUCCAGCAUGUGUCUGCUGCCAGGAAGUGUGUUGAUUUCCCCCUUCCUACAGCACACCAAAAUAUUGUGCUCAGUACAGUUCCUGGCAGGGAGAGGGAGAUGUCUGCUGAACUCCUGGGGAGUAUUGUGGGACAUUGCUGUAGGAAGCAGGGAAGUUCCAGUCUGCAUGAAAAUAAUUGGAUACAACCAGUUUUUAAAAAACAAUGUACUCAGGCUCUCUCAGAAGAUAAAGCAUGACUGAUCUAUGCCAAGUGUCCUCUUGUAUGCAUUUUUGCUAUAGAAAGUUAAAACUCAUUGGUGUGCCACAGGGAUGCUAAUAGAAAGAAAUAGACAACGUAAUAUUGAACUCGUUCCUAAUUUAAGGUUUCAGCCAUUUAAAAACCACAUGGAAUAGCAUCUUUAACUAUGCUGAAAGCUAGCUAUUUGUAGCCUCUGGCUAAACAGUGAAGGAAGUAACAGCUGCUUAGUAGUGAUGGUAGAUAAAGAAUUGACUGAAGCCAUGAUGCUGGUCAUUUGAAAUGCCCCUACUUAUACACUGUGUGACAUAUAGUACAAAAAGUUUAUUUUGUAGUUGGCAAAUUUAGGCAAAAAUUAGGGGGUAAAUUACAAAAUCUCUUCUUUGUGUUUACAUGGUAGUGCUGUCAGCACAUGGUAGAGUGUUUUCAAGGAGUAAAAUUGUUUACAUGUCAUGAAAAAUGUAUUGUUUUAGAAUUGUCUUAAAGGGGGAAAACAUUGUGUUAACUUCGACAAAUGUGUACGCAUUACUAAUUUUACUUGAUUUGAAGAAAAAGAACUUUCUCCAUUUUUCAUUCAAAAACACAUUGCAAAAAUAUGAGAUAGUAUUGUUUUGUCAUCUCAUCUCUUAGACCCCUUCUUAUACUUUAGAACUACAGCCAAAGAUUGCCGUUGCUGAAUAUAUUGCAAGCUAAAGGCAGAAUUGCUGACAGUGUUCCUGUGCAGCGUCCCUGAAAUGAAUGAGAGCUUCACAAAAGCAUCUAGUGGGCUGUGUCAUAAUGGUCCUAGAUGUUCUGUGCUUACACUCAAUAUCUUUGCCUCUACCUGUGUUUAACACCAAGAUAUAAUUGUUCUUAACGUGUUUCAACUCAUUUGAAUUUAGUCUACCGGUUCUUCUACUUCACCAAAGGCCUGUGUAACUGAUUUCCUUAUGAUGUAUAGGCUUAAAAAUAUUUGCAGGUACCAAUAUUUACCAGACAUCUUGGUGUGUACUGUAUUGUGGGCAGGAGAGUUGAAUGUGCAGUUUCGAUCAUGUUGCAAUAUGUCUACAGUCAAGGAAUACGUAAUAUUGUUAAGAUAUCAUAGAAGACAAUGGAGUAGAUCUUUCCCUGCCUUCUCCCAGCAGCCUGCUGCUUGUUGUAAAGGUCUUGAGAGUUGGUAGACCCUUGUGAACAAAAUGUACCAUUGUAUCAGUGGCUGCAGUGAGUAGGGGAAUUAGGUGAAAUUCUCAUUUCCUGAGUCUUCUGCGCUUGAGAGAAGAGGGAAUGAUUUUGAUUGACUGUCCCCUCCUCACUACAGCCCACUGUACUGUGCUGCAUUUUAUUCAUAAGGGUUCCAUAAUCCUCAGAGAGGGUUUCUGGGGAAAGCAGCAGACUGCUGGGAGAAAUGGAAAGGUGGAGACAGACCUGCUUUGCCAGAUCCUUCCAUGGGAACCAGCCCUAUGAUUUUCUCCUCUUUAAUUUUUUUAUACAUGCAUAUUUAUAUUUCCUGUUCAUUUAGAUUUGCUUUAAUUACUGUAUAGACAAGUAUACAUCAGAAGACUAGUUAGUCUGUGCUUAAUAUUACUUGGUUUAGUUUCACAACAGUGAGAAAGUAGUUUUCUUUUGCAGUAAAACAAUAAGCUGAUAAGUUUACACUACAUUUUAUUUAAAAUGAGAGUAGACUUUUCAAAUUGAUAUCAGUCAUGGUAUUCCCAUUGUCAUAGGUAUUAUUAGCCUGUAUAAAAUGAGUAGAUAAUUUCACACGUUGUGCUGUGCAUUUUUUAUGCUGUUCAUCAGCUUCGGUUAAAUGAGGGAAGGACGCUUGUUGCAAACCUAAGCAUGUGUGUAUGCAGAGUGGCUUUAAUUUGUUCUCUAUAAUUCCUCUAGCCAUUUAAAGGUACCAGACAAAUUCACUUUCUGUAUAGAUUACAAUUAAAUUAAAUAUGUUACAUAUGUGAGUAACCUAAACUGUGCAAGAUAUUGCAUCGGAUUAGAUUGGAAAUCAGUUGAAGGACCAAAGAGUCUCAUACGUUUUAUUUAACAUUGUUAAAACUUUAUAUUGCUUCUAUGUCAUUUUUUUUUAAAAAUCCAAUUAGAUAGAUCACACUCUGUAGUGUGAAAUUUGAAUUUUGAACCUCCCACAUCCAAAAGUUCUACUCUCCAUAGCAUUACCCUUUUUGUCUGUUCAGGUAAUUAAAUAUGUAAGAUACUUAUUGGUAAAAAUAACUAUAACAGUUCUGUGCCAUGAUUUUAAAUAUUUUUUUAGACCAUAGAUCAAUUUCACAGUAUUAAGUUUAUAUGGGUAGGCUGGAAAAACAUUUAAAUGUGUUAAGAUCUUCCUCUAUCUUGGAAAAAUAAUAAAGUUAAUGUUUUUGCUGAUUGAACUGCUGCUAAGUAGCAAUAUUCUUUAAAAUAAAAUCUUUUCAAUGUACUAUGUGAAUGGGCAUACCAAGACUAUAUGUAGAGUUGUAUAUCUCUUUGGAAAAGUCAAGUUGAGUUCAGUACCACAAAUUGAAGCAGUGGCGUAUACCCUAAGUGUGUUUAUCAUGUACUCUUCAACAGCUGGCGUGUGAGUGCAUAUUGCUUGUCAUAACCUUUGACCUUCAUUUUAUACAGCAAGAGGUCUCUGGAUCUAGCAACAGAAUUUCAGCUUCUGUACUGUAUAAGAUUUUAGCUGUCUUAAUGUGUUGAAGUAAUUUUCCAUACUUUUGCAAUCUAAAUAAAAAAAAUUUCAGAGUGAAUUUUCUAGUUUGGUAUAAAUCCCAGUAUAGGUGUUUAGGUCUAAUAAAAGUAUUUUUACCAAGUAUAUUUCAUCCAGGUAACUAUUUUUUUCAGUAAUGAAGAACAGAUUUCCUUUCCAUUAACACCUUUAAGACUAACC